CCCAAUACACACCUCUCUCUCCUCAAUCCCAGAGGUUCCAAAAGCAGAUUCUCCAUUUCAUGGCAUCACUUCGCAGAGCACAAAGGGACUCAUUUUUUCCCAGGAUAAGAUUCUUUUGAGGCCAUGUCUGGGACUCCCUUCAGAUCCUGCUUCAGGUCUAACUGCAGAGAGAAGCUGAACUUGCUUCUAGAGAAAGAUGCUUCCUUUUCCUUUUGCUCAGAACUUCCCAAGACCCCAUCUAGCAAGUUCCUUGUUGAUUCUGGAAACCUCAGUUCUUUAACAGGAGCAACCCCAAAGCGUUGCCUUGACUUGUCGAAUAGUAGCAUUGAAGAGACAGCUGCCAUCCAGCUUGCCACAUCGCCAGACCUUGAUGAAACUGGUAACUUGGCUUCCUUAGGACCUCAAGAAGUACACCUAGCUGAAAUGGAUCAUCCACAGCAUAUUAGGAAAUGCAUCCCUGCACAGAUGCUGUGUAGCACUCCCAGUGCUCUUGGUUUCUUCUGCCAAAAGACAAGUACAACAGGUAGCUACUCUUCAGACAAAGAAAAUGAGAGCAGCUUUCUGGAACACCCUACACGGCCAACACUCGGAUCCUUUAGACUUGGAGAAAGAUCAAAAAGACCCCUCUUGUCUCCUCUUCUUCGAGUGGACAAUGGAAACUCUGUAGAAGGGGAAAUGAAUGAUCUGGGAAGCCCCAUUACCAGGAUUCUACUACAUCAGGAUGGGCAGGAAGGCUGUGCUGGGGAGACUUCACUUGAGUUAAUGGAGGUUUUCCUGGAAGAGCAAGAAGCCAAGGAAUCAGAUCUAAAGAAGACAGUUUCACUCUGUGAUGUUAAUGCCCUACAGAUCUUAGGGGAGAAUUCUGACCAGAGGCAACUGAUAGGUGAUUUCACCAAGGUCUGUGUGCUACCAACAGUGACAGGAAAACAUCAAGAUCUGAAGUACAUCAACCCAGAGUCGGUAGCUGCUCUGCUAUGGGGGCAGCUGCAAGACCUGAUUGAGAAGUUUUAUGUUAUUGAUUGCCGCUACCCGUAUGAGUAUCAAGGAGGUCAUAUCCAGGGAGCUCUGAACCUGCACAGUCAGGAAGAACUACACAAUUUCUUCCUGAAGAAGCCUUUUAUUCCUUCCAGUGCCCAGAAAAGAGUAGUCAUCGUGUUUCAUUGUGAAUUCUCCUCAGAAAGAGGCCCCCGAAUGUGCCGCUAUCUUAGAGAAGAAGACAGAGCUCUGAACAAGUACCCUGCACUGUACUACCCUGAGCUCUACAUCCUCAAGGGAGGCUACCGAGACUUCUUCCUAGAAUAUGUGGAACUGUGUGAACCACAGAGCUAUUGCCCAAUGCAUCACCAGGACUAUAAAGCUGAGCUUUUGAAGUGCCAAAGCCAGAGCAAAGCAUGGACUGAAGAGCGGCAGCUCCGCGGACAGAUUGCUUGUCUCGUGAAGGAUGGGAAUUCAGGCUGAGGAAGGAGCUGUCCACAUGGCAGUCACUGGCUCACAUGGUGGACCCCCAGAGAGGAAGUAGUGAUUUCUGUGGAAAACUAGACCAAUGGUUUACCAAAAAAAUAUACUCAACAGGCCAAAACAUUUGACUGCAAAAUCAGGUCAACCUGUGUUCCAGUGAGAAUGGGGCCUUCUGUAUGGGCUGUGUCCUGAAGGCUAUCCUUCCUUGCUUGAACUACAAAGUUUACAGUAACCAGGGAGAAUUCUCCUCUUUCCUCUACUGUAUGUCUUCACCUCCUUCACCCAGCUUGUCUCCUCUGCUUGAAUUUCUUGCCAGGCUUGAGGUAGUAAAUUCUUUCUUCUCUCUGGAUUUUCCUCCAUUCCCUUCUCCCCCCAUUAAAAAAAAAAAAAAAAAAAAAGAAAUAACAAACAUUUCAGGAUGAGAAUGACUCAGAUUAUUUCAUGUUAGUUCCACAUGAAUUAAGAACUACCCUGUUACUUGUGACAUCCCAGCAAGAACUUUUAACUACCAUGGUGUGACCAUCUUCAUUCAUUGCCUGCUACCCAAGCCUUUGUCUAGCUCUAUGUGAUCAUGCUCCAGACUCUUCUCCACCUGACAGCUAGCCUCAGAAAACACUGUGACUUGAGUUAUUGACAACUCACAAUCAGAUAUACCCUUAACUGGACACAAUCCUCUUAGACUAUAGCCAGAGACAGAUAUUCAUUCCAGCUUCCCAAAUAACUCUCCUCCCAAUUCGUGUCAAGGCCCAGCAGAAUGAACUUCAAGAAUUAGGUUAAGUACCAUUCUGGGGAGCAAUUUGGAACUAUGCUCAAAGGGCAGUCAAAUUGUGCAUACCCUUUGAUCCAGUAA